AUGGAGACUAGCGGGGCAGCGCAGGAAGUGCAAGCAGGGGCGCAAGCGGCGGAGGGUAGCUCAGGAGGCGCAGGGGAUAAGGAAUUAACGAGCGCCGAUUAUUACUUCGACUCGUACGCCCACUUCGGCAUCCACGAGGAGAUGUUGAAAGACGCGGUGCGCACCAAGACGUACGAGGCCGCAAUCUGCGGCAGCACGUUUCUGUUCAAGGACAAGGUUGUCAUGGACGUGGGCGCCGGGACGGGCAUUCUCUCGCUUUUUGCUGCUAAAGCAGGCGCUAAGAAGGUGUACGCGAUGGAAUGCUCAGAGAUUGCGGAGUGUGCCCGCGAGAUCAUUGCAGCCAAUCACAUGGACCACAUAAUCACAGUGAUAAAAGGGAAGGUGGAGGACGUGGAGCUGCCAGAGGGGGAGAAGGUGGAUGUGAUUAUAUCGGAGUGGAUGGGCUACUUCCUGCUCUACGAGUCAAUGCUCGAUACAGUGCUCUUCGCCAGAGACAAGUGGCUGGCAACAGGAGGCAUAGUGUUGCCAGACCACUGCGCGCUGUACCUGGUGGCGAUAGAAGACGCAGAGUACAAGCAGGAGAAGAUCCACUUCUGGCAGUCCGUGUACGGGUUUGACAUGAGCUGCAUUCGAGACAAAGCCAUGUUGGAGCCGCUGGUCGACACAGUAGACGCCGAGCAGAUCGUCACCAACGCAUGCCUUGUCAAGUCUUUGGACAUCAGCAAGGUGACAAGGGGCGACCUCUCCUUCUCUGUGCCCUUCAAGCUCGUAGCAGAGAGGAACGACUUUGUGCAUGCGCUUGUGGCUUACUUUGAUGUCGGCUUCACCAAGUGCCACAAGCCCAUCGGCUUCUCUACAGGGCCCAAGAGCCGAGGAACGCAUUGGAAGCAAACGGUGCUAUACUUGGAAGACACGCUAACCAUGUGUGAAGGGGAAGCGGUUACCGGAACCAUGCAAGUGAAGCCCAAUGCCAAGAACCCUCGCGAUCUAGACAUAUCAGUGACUUACAAGUUUGAUGGUCGUAGAGGUAAGGCAUCGCGCACCCAGCACUACCGCAUGCGGUGA